AUGGCAACAAUUAAUACUCUUCAUCGAUUCGCACAAAUUGAAUGGGAAAAUAAAAGUUUUGUGCCUAUUGACGGAUUAGAAACAAAUGAUCCUCCUCUACGAAUAACACGAGCUCUCCCGCAAGUAACAUUUCGUAUGCCUGAUUGGGAUGCUUUUAUCAGCGAGGUUGAAAAGCGUUUCCCUAAUGAUAAGCAGUACAAACUUACUUUGGAUGAGUGCAUUGCCUUAUGUCUUUAUACCAAGGAAAUGGAUAAAGAGAGCUUGUAUGUGUUAGUCAAUGCAGCAUUACGUUCUGGCAAUGAAAAAAAGCGAAAUUCAUGGUUGCCAUUUCUCCAAUUAUUUUAUUCCGCUGUUAAAAAAAUGCCAAAUUUUCAAGGACGCUGUUGGCAAGCUGGUGCAACUGGGAUAUUAGAUCAAAUAGAACUAGAAGAACGUAUCGCUUGGUCUGGUAUCAGUUCUUGUUCAAAAUGGGUUGAUUUUAUCACAAAAGAGUGCUCUGACAAAAAAGAAGUACUAUUUAUGAUAGAUACUGUUAAUGCCAAAGAUAUUUCUAAAUACUCAACUAACCCUUGCUCACUAGAAAUUCUUCUAAUGCCAGGCACUCACUUGGUAGUAAAAAAUAUUGAACCAUAUAAGGAAGAUAACACUUUAACGCUAGUUCAUUUACAAGAAUUAACUGAAGUGGAACAAGAAGCAGCUAAAUCAACUCAACUAAUUUCAAAUAGCCAAUUCGAACAGACAUCAACUAGUAAGCAUCAAUCGUUUUCUCUUUCCUCAAACAACAAGAUAAAUGUGCAUUAA